CACAUACGCGACGUCACGGUUUGUGUCACCGCACGCCAUUCAUCCGGCCGGGCGGGAACCGAACCAGGUGAACCGCAGUGCCGUGUUGUACAACCCAGAGGUCGGGAGUUCGAGUCCCAGCCUUCCGCCUUUACGUGCCAAGCGACUUGUCAAGCCCACAAGGUGUUUGUAAGGACAGAUCCCGACUGGAAAAUAAUUUUAUCCGAGACGCUGUGAGAAGGAAGCGACAAGAAACACGCACAAGGAAGCGAUGGCCUGUAACGUUGUGGGGAGAGGAUAUGUGUGGGGAGUUGUGGCACUUCUAACGUUAACGUUAAUGCCUGCUGUGAAACUAGCACAGAGCCAGGAGCCGUGCAGGUACGUGCACAGCAGUGAGGACAGUCCGGACGGCGUGAUAGCCUCGCCAGGCUUCCCGGCGGACUACCCGGACAGGCAGUUCUGCACCUACGUCCUGCAGGGGAGGCCUGGGGAGAGGCUACGGCUGAAGUUCAACGCCCUGGAGAUAGAGGGCGCACCGCACGAGAGCAACAGACCGUGUUUCUUCACCUGUCACCAUGACUACCUGGAGGUAGAGGAGCUGAAUGACGUGGACCAACCAGUGCGCACCCUGGGCCGUUACUGUGGCAACUGCGUCCCGCCCGCUCUGGUGACGUCACGGUCAAGGGCUCAGCUCACCUUCGUCACGGACGAAACCAAGAACUUCGGGGGGUUCCAGGUUGAAUUCAACUUCAUCACUAACAACUGUGGCGGUACGUACAGGGUAGCGGGAGGCGUGCUGGAGUCCCCGGGCUACCCCGGCCCUGUCCCCGCCGAUGUGUUCCAGUGCGAGUGGGUCCUGGAGCUCUCCUCUCCGAACAACGACGUCUCUGUGCACUUCUUGGAGAUGGACAUCGCGUAUGAAGGUAUGGAAUAUAGAAUCAGAAAGUUAUUUCAGGACAUGGUGGGGUUUAGAUACACACCGAGUGAAGAGAGAUUGUAG